AAAGGUGAAAUCCAAGGUCCCCUUGUUGACUGCUGACCUUGGAUAAAGAAAAUGGAGGAGCAUGCUUGCAGCUUGCUCGCACUCUCAACGAAUGAAGACUAGAAAAAUGAUAUCAUUGGAAUACCAGGAAAAUGAUAUUAUUAGUGUUUUACUGGUAUUUUCUUCUUACUUCGAAGUUUGUUUGUGUCGGUAACCAGAUGGAAGCGCGGAGGGUGGGUUAAUUCAGGGAACUUUCCUUGGGCCUUCUACCUCCCAAAAUGAAGAAAUCUUUCAGCCAUUCCAUGAAAUUGGCGUAGCUUCCCAUAUUGGCUCUCAGUGUUUUAUCUUUCUGUAGAUUCUCUGCGUUCAUGGAAAUUUCCCUCGAUUAUACUCCAAGCGUUCCUGAUUACAGGAUUUGGUCAACGAUGGCGGCUUAUCUGUUUGUGAUUUACGGGAAGUGAUUGGCUGAAAACUGGCUUUAGUUUGCUAGCAAAAGGCCCUCUCAAUUUUAUGUCCGGACAUUUGCAAUGAAGUUUGCUCUUCAUCUCCAAAGUGGCUCCUCACAAAGGAGCUGUUUCAGUCUAUGCUGAAUCUUCUUGGCGUUUAGGGUGCGCAACGGUGUUCGCAAGUUCAUCUUCAGGAGAAUUUCUUGGUUCUAAGAAAGGAUACAGAUGCAAUCGAAUAUCUGUUUCUGCCUGUUUGGUUUAUAUUGAAGUCAAAAACAGUUUCAACUCGAAGAUACCUCCUUUGAUCAUGGUAUGAUGGCUUUGCCCUUGACUUCUGAUGUUUCAGACCAUAGAAUUAAUGGUGAGUGUACAGAAGAAAAUGACUUGUGUGGUGCUACUCUGUGGUACAUUAAUCAAGUAUUGAUGGAAGAUGACUUGGACGAUAAGGCCUGCAUGAUCCAGGACUCCACCCUUCAUGCUGCUGAAAGAUCCUUAUAUGACGUACUUAAGAAAUAUCCUUCCUCACCAAACCAAAGCAGCAGUGUGUCAGAUGAUUGUGUUCCUCACAAUAGUACCAACACAGUUGAAUCUGCUGGUGACACCUCCCUGUCCAAUUCACCAUCAUCCUGCCCUACUAGAUCCUUGGGUGAUGGCCCAGUGGAGUCUCUCGUGAAUGGUCCUUUGGAGAAUCAAUCUCGUUAUCCAUUCAAUGUAAGGGUAGAGGAAAGCAAGAUUAUCCUCCCAAGUGCAGAUGGUCGAAUUUUGGAGGAGGAACCCAAGGCAGAAACAGAUCAAAGGAGUUUACCAGGUAGGGAGGAGAGUGAUCUAGGAGGAGGGAGAACUAAAAUGCAAUUUGCGAUAGUUGACGAGUCUAUUUUACAUGCGAUAUUUAAUAAAGGAUUGUCAUUACAUGAUGGAAACAGUGAGUCCUCAUUAAAAAUUUCCGAUGGUUUGUUGCCAGAGGAUGUAAGUGGGGAGUCUGGUAAGCAAAAUGGGAAAGAAAAAGAGUCAUGUGUUAGAAAGGGAGCUAGCAAAAGGGUUGUUGUUCAGAUGAGGAGUCUCCUGAUGCAAUGUAUGCAAUAUGUGGCAGCCAAUGAUAAGAAGAGUGCAAGUAAGCUAUUGAAACAGAUAAGGGCAAGUUCUUCUCCAUGGGGUGAUGCUCACCAAAGGCUGGCACAUUACUUUGCUAACGGCCUGGAGGCGCGCCUAUUGGGUGCUGGGACACCAGAAUAUAAAACACUUGCUGCUUGGAGUAUGUCAAGGACUACUGAAAUGUUGAAAGCUUAUAAGAUGUUCCUUUCAGAUUUCCCGAACUUGUUUGCCCCUUUUUUUUUUGCCAGUGAUACUAUUUUGCAAGUGAUUGAUAAAGCAACUAGGGUUCACAUUAUUGAUUUUGGUAUUUCAUAUGGUCUACAAUGGCCCCUUCUCAUUCAGCGUCUCUCAACAAGAAAUGGUGGGCCUCCCAACCUUCGUAUCACGGGAAUAGACCUUCCUCAAGCUGGUUUCCGUCCAGAUGCAAGGGCAAGGCAAACUGGACUCCACUUGGCUAACUAUUGUGAAAGGAUUAGUUUUCCAUUUCAAUACAAAGGCAUUGCACAAAAAUGGGAAACUUUAAGUGUUGAGGAUCUAGGAAUUGAGAAUGAUGAGGUGCUUGUGGUAAACUGCUUCUACCUGUCAGCAUAUUUGCUUGAUAAUACAACUGUGGAGCAUAAUAGUCCUCGGGAUGCUGUUCUCAACUUAAUAAAAAAGGUUAAUCCCGAUAUUUUCGUUCAUGGAAUAACUAAUGCACCCAUCAACUCGCCCUAUUUCACCUCAAGAUUCCGUGAGACUCUCUUCUACUACUCUUCAUUGUUUGACAUGUUCGAGGCUUCGUUGCCCUCUGAAAGUGAGGAGAGAAUGGUGUUUGAGAGGGAAAUAUGGGGGAACAAAAUUAUGAACAUCAUAGCAUGUGAAGGAUUAGAGAGAGUUGAAAGGCAGGAGACAUACAAGGAGUGGCAUUUUCGAACGUUGAGAGCUGGGUUCAAGCCGCUUCCUUUAAACCAAGAGAUCAUGAAGAAAGUAAGAGCCAUGGUGAAAUCAAACUACCACAAGGACUUCUUUGUGGAUGAGGCUAAACAGUGGAUGAUAGAAGGGUGGAAGAAGAGAGUCUUAUCUGCUUACUCCUGUUGGAAAGCUGCCUAGGAUGGCUCUUCAAUUUGCUUCCCAUGUGCGUACAUGUGUGUCCCUUCGUAUUUACUACUUUCAUAAACUGUUAUUCCUUCCUUUUAUAUUGGUCCAGUCCAUAUGUUAUAUUUUUGGUAGCGUUUGUUAAAAUGUGUAAGAUGAAUUUGUAUCAAAAUGAGAUUGAAAUAUUUUCCAAAUCAAGAUAUAGAAUAGUUAAAAUAAAGCUGAGAAA